AUGGCGCUGUUUCUGGGAAUCCCUAUCAAGAAAAUGCAUGCUAACCAGAAUCAUCGGGAAGCAGUGAGGAGGUCACUAGUGCUUCUGAAAAAUGGUAAAUCUGCAAAUCAGCCCUUGCUCCCCCUUAAAAAGGAUGCCCACAAAGUACUAGUUGCAGGAACUCAUGCAGAUAAUCUUGGAUAUCAAUGUGGAGGCUGGACAGUUAAAUGGCAGGGCCGGGUGUCAAAGGCAAUUAUCUCAUACUUGCUGAUUUCUCGUUUAUCUGCAUUUUCAGGAACUACAGUCUUAAAUCCUAUCAGAAAGACAGUAGACCCUUCUACUCAAGUUGUCCACAUUGAAAACCCUACCAUAUGUGUUGUGGGUGAGGUGCCAUAUGCUGAGGAAUAUGGAGAUAGCAAAAAUCUAACUAUAAUUGAACCAGGUCCAAGUGCUAUCAGCAAUGUCUGCGGGGUUGUGGUCAUAUCUGGACGUCCGGUUACAAUUAAGCCCUACCUUGACAAGAUAGACGCACUUGUGGCAGCAUGGCUGCCAGGAACAGAAGGCCAAGGUGUAGCUGAUGUCCUAUUUGGUCAAUAUGGUUUCACUGGAAAACUUCCUAGGACUUGGUUCAAAUCAGUCAACCAGCUCCCCAUGAAUGCAGGUGAUCCACAUUAUGAUCCUCUGUUCCCAUUCGGAUUUGCUUUGACGACUAAUCAUAGGCAAGGGACCUAAAUCUUUAGUAAUACUUACUUAGUAUAACUAGCAUCAAUGCAGUAAAUGCAAUCCUCUGCAUCAGAACACAUUCACAAUAUGCAUAACUCAUACAAAAGGCGCUGCCUCUG